AUGGCGUCCCAUCUCCUGGCAGAGAUAACUGCGGCCACGGCGGCCGCUGUCCUUUACUUGUGCUGGAAGGUAGUCUCUGCCUUCUGGAUCUCCCCUCUCAGAGCUCAUUCUCAGCUCCGGCGAAACGGAUUCGCCGGCCCAGCUCCCACUUUCCCUCUCGGAAAUAUCCAGGAAAUGAGAAAACUCGCCCUAACCAGCCAAACCACCUCUUCUUCUCCUUCUUCUUCCGACAUAAUUUCCCAUGAUAUUCACUUAGCCGUCUUCCCUUACUUUGCCCAGUGGCACAACUCCCACGGGAAGGUGUUUGUGUAUUGGUUAGGGACGGAACCGUUCCUGUACAUCGCCGACCCGGAGUUCCUCAAGGCAAUGUCCGCCGGAAUAAUGGGGAAGAGCUGGGGGAAGCCCAGAGUUUUCAAGCAGGACCGGGAGCCCAUGUUCGGCAAUGGGCUGGUCAUGGUCGAAGGUGAAGAAUGGGUUCGCCACCGCCACGUCAUCACCCCGGCCUUCACCGCUCCCAACUUGAAGGCGAUGUCAAGCCUCAUGGUCGAGUCCACGACCCAAAUGCUGGACAGGUGGUCAGACCUGAUCGCCGAUGGCUCACCGACAAUCGACGUGGAAGGACACGUAACCGCGACGGCGGGAGAGAUCAUUGCCAAGACCAGUUUCGGUGUAGGGUACGAGACCGGGAGGGAAGUGGUGGAGAGGCUGAGGGCCAUGCAGCUUGCCCUCUUCAACUCCAACCGCUACGUAGGAGUGCCCUUCAGCAAGGUCAUGUGCCCUAAAAAGACCAUGGAGGCCAAGAAGCUGGGAAGAGAGAUCGACUCCCUUCUUCUCUCCAUCAUCUCCUCCCGCAAGAACAACAUGAUGAACAGUAGUUACAGUAAAAACAACAACAAGGACUUGCUAGGGUUGCUGCUCCAGGAGAACCACGUGGAUGGGAAGCUCGGCAAGACGUUGACCACGCGGGAGCUCGUGGACGAGUGCAAGACUUUCUUCUUCGGUGGCCACGAAACGACGGCGUUGGCUAUUUCCUGGACUUUGAUGCUCCUGGCCAAGCACCCCGAGUGGCAAGAGGAGUUGAGAGAGGAGAUUAGACAAGUUACUGGAGAGGAUAAACAGAUUGAUUUCACCAAGCUCUCUUCGCUCAAGAAGAUGGGCUAUGUGAUGAACGAAGUGCUGAGGCUGUACUCGCCGGCGCCGAACGUGCAGAGGCAAGCCAAGGAAGAUAUCCACGUCGGCAACCGGACGAUACCCAAGGGGACGAACAUGUGGAUCGACGUGGUGGCGAUGCACCACGACCCGAAGCUGUGGGGAGACGACGCGUACGAGUUCAAGCCGGAGAGGUUCGAGGCCGACCCUCUGUACGGAGGGUGCAAGCACAAGAUGGGGUUCAUGCCGUUUGGUUUCGGAGGGAGGAUGUGUGUCGGGAGGAACUUGACGAUGAUGGAGUACAAGAUCGUGUUGUCUAUGAUCCUCACUAGGUUCUCUUUUUCCUUGUCUCCGUCGUACGUUCAUUCUCCGGCCAUCGUGCUCUCGCUGAGGCCUACUCACGGAAUCCCUCUCGUCCUCCGCCCUCUGCAAUCGUGA